AGAUAAGGUUAUAUACUUUGAAGCAGCUAAAGAUAAAAUCCAUACUGGAAAAUUAGACCCAAAAUGGAAAGAGCCUUACUAUAUACAUGAUGUAAUUGGAAAUGGUGCUUACAAAAUAAGGCAAUUAGAUGGAAGAUUAUUAAAAGCACCCAUGAACGGAAGUCUUUUGAAAAA